AUGUUCACCCUUCUCUUAGAACUAUGGCAACAGAUCGCGGCUCUUAAGCCUUCUUUUAUCUCCAAAAGUCCUCAUUUCAAUUUCAUCACUGUUCAUUAUUUCUGGAUCAUUGGAAUGACACUUCUUGGGUCACUAUGUUUAUAUAUUCGAGGAGGAAUCGAUUACAUAGAUGCUCUAUUCUUCGCAAGUGGUGGUGCAACCCAAAGUGGAUUAAACACCUUGAAUCUUAAUCAACUCAACACAUGGCAGCAAACUGUUCUAUAUCUAUUACCGAUAUUCACGAAUCCCAUCACGAUCAAUUCGUUCGUUGUGUUCCUCCGAUUAUACUGGUUCGAAAAGCGGUUCCAGCACAUUGCUGCUCAAAAUAAGAAGAAUCGAAGGAGCAUUGCCAAGUCCUUCUCAAGAUCGAAGACAAGUGGGAGAGAUACUACCGAUGAGGAGAGAGGUGUGAAUGGCAGAAACAUUGUUGUAAUGCACGGCACAACACGGGCGAAUGUUAUGCACAAUGAUCGGGAGGCUAUUGAGGAUAUCGAACAGGCAAUCGAGAAAGAAAGGGCAAUGAAUAAGGCUGAGGGCGUUAAUGGUUCUGGAAGUAGCAAUAUAUCGAGUACGGAGACGGCCAACGACGUUAUCCCCACUUCCCACCAAACACAAAUUAAGUUUGCCGAUCAAGUAAAGAGGAGUAAUGGAAUGACUGAUGAAGAGUUGCGAUUACCGGCUCGCCGCAGAGAUGAAGAUCACAUUGCCUUUCUGGAACGUCAACGAAAUCCAGAGGACAGGACUAUCCUUCGUAUCCCAGGACCAAGAGAUGCAGAUGCAGGUGUCUCCCCACAAACCGUUGAAGAGGAGGAGGAGGACCCGGUUAUAAGGACAUUAUCUCGCAGAGGCUCUGCGUAUUCUCGACGAGGAAGCCAUGAUAGGGGGGUUUUGAAUGGAGAGACACACUGGCAAGAUCAUUACCCCUCGAGGAAGCGCAAUGUCACGAUUGAAGUGCCAACACAUCCCAAGGUUGAACGUACGGUUGAUGAUGUGAAAGCUGCGAGUGCUACACUUAAAGGUGUUAUGAGAUUUCGGCGUAACAGAACCAUUGAGGGCAACGAAGUCGUCGAGAAUCAUGGAAAUGGGGCUGUCAUGUCAAAAUUGAGGUCGAGGGCUCCAACGUUUCAAAGCAUCAAAACAGCUCUUACUGGCGAAAAGGAGGACCCAACACCUUAUUUGAGCUGGGCACCAACCAUCGGUCGUAAUUCCGCCUUCGUUGAUCUCACUGAGCAACAAAGAGAAGAACUCGGCGGAAUUGAGUAUAGAUCACUAAAAUCCUUGGCUUUGAUUCUGUCUUGUUAUUUCCUAGGGUUUAGUAUAUUCGCUGUUGUUUGUCUAUUGCCUUGGAUUCUUAACGAUAACACCUAUGGUUCAAUUGUGGAAGAAAUUGGUCAGGGCAGGGUGUGGUGGAGUAUAUUCACCGCCAAUUCUGCUUUCACGGAUCUGGGAUUUACCCUUACUCCAGAUAGCAUGAUCUCGUUCAAUACAGCUAUUUGGCCACUCUUGCUAAUGUCAUUUCUGAUCAUAAUUGGCAACACGGGCUUUCCCAUUAUGCUCAGAUUCAUUAUUUGGGUUACCACCUUGUGGGUGCCUAGGAACAGUGGGAUUUGGGAGGAACUGAGGUUUUUGCUAGAUCAUCCUCGUAGAUGCUUUACCCUUCUUUUCCCGAGCAAAGCGACAUGGUGGCUCUUCUGGAUUCUUGUCAUAUUAAACGGUUUGGACUUAUUGUUUUUCAUUAUCCUCGAUCUUGGCAAUACGAUUGUGACGGAUUUACCAGUGAAUAUUCGCGUCCUCGAUGGCUGGUUCCAAGCUGCUUCCACAAGAACAGCUGGUUUUGGAGUCGUCAAUCUUGCCGAGCUUCAUCCUGCCAUCCAGGUUUCCUAUCUCAUUAUGAUGUAUAUUUCGGUUCUCCCGAUUGCCAUUUCGGUACGUCGAACGAACGUUUACGAGGAGAAAUCCUUGGGUAUAUACGGAUCGCCAACAGAAGAAAAUGAAGAUGAGGGUGAACCAUCCUACGUCGGUGCCCAUCUCCGAAGGCAAUUGUCUUUCGAUUUGUGGUAUAUUUUCUUGGGGUUUUUCAUCAUCUCAAUUGCUGAAGGUGGCCGCCUUCAAGGUACUGAUCCAUCGAUUAACAUGUUUUCCGUCUUAUUUGAGAUUGUCAGUGCCUAUGGUACAGUUGGCCUGAGUCUAGGAUACCCGGGAAUCGACGCCUCUUUGUCCGCCGAAUUCAACACAGUCUCAAAACUUGUCAUGAUCGCUAUGCAAAUUCGUGGACGUCAUCGUGGUCUUCCGUACGAGCUUGACCGAGCCAUCUUACUCCCAAGCGAACAUUUAGCAGAGAAAGAGGCUCUAGAUGCAGCACAACGGGUUCACCGUCGAAACUCCAACGCAACAAUGGUUAGCAAUGCAACGGACCUCGCAGCCGUCAACACUGGUGUUCAAAAAUCAGCCACGGAGCGGCCAGCUCCACCAUCGAGCUUCCUAAGCAGCCUCCUUCAUCCAGGCCCAACAAUCCCAAAUAGUCAUCGGGAUAAGGGCACAAGUCAUAUUAGACGACACAGCAUAGCAACACCAGAAAGAGGAAGAAGCAUCAGUCCUAAAGCUAGUGGUGGCAUAUUCUCCAAAUGGAAUAGCUCGGAUAAAUAUCAAAAUAACAUGGAUAAGAAAAUAUCGGAGUAA